UUGUAAAGAAUAGGCUGCUGCCUCGCUAGGCCGGCUCGCCAGCAAUUACCACUAGUGAUUCGUGACAGGAAGCAAAAGACUGCAACUGCUAUUCGCAAUGGAUAUGGUGAUUGAACACGCAAUACACGUUUCUGCACCCAAGCGCACUAAAAUUACCAGAAAACGUGCUUGAACCUUUCUAAAAAAAAAAAAAAACCGUGGGAAACGAUACUUACGCUUGUCGCGACACUCCCAUCGGGAAUUAUCAGGAUGAAUUUCGUGAUAUAAUUGCGCAUUUCCGAUGUAUAAAUCAUUACGCUAAUCAGCCUCACUGUGUGCAGUCGAGAAACUUGAAUUUUAAGGAGGUCAAGGUAAAUAGAAAUCAUGGUCGGCGACAUUUCAUUCAAAAGGGAUAAGUCAAAGGGUAGGAUACUCCUUAUCCUAUUUGCUGCAAUCGCUGUCAUCGCUUUGAUCGUUGGAAUCGUUUUAAUUGUUCUUGCAAUUAAAAAGAAGGGGGACAAUGAGGAUUCGUCGACAUCCAAACCAACGUCGUCGUCGUCAUCAUCAACCUUCUGUGACUACUCUGGAGAGGCCAAGCGGAUUCGUCUGGAUGAGAUCAUUUUGCGCGCCAAGAAGACGUACUAUGAGAAACAUCCUUUCUUGCUGCCACAAGACCCCGAUGCCUCUCGAGAGGAAAUCAAGAAGAAGUACACAGCCUACAAUCCAACGCCAAAUUACAUAAAAAGCGUCACUGAUGCAGCGUGGAGCCUCUACGAAACGGUCAAGGAAAUAAAAGUGGACUCUAAAAAGCUCAAGCCUCGCGAAAGGAAAGCACUAUCACAGCUCAAACAUUUUUUAAAGACCGUGUUCGGUCAGCCUUUUGACAUGAAUUUCUACGCCGGAGACUGGAUGAUGGGUCCAACAUUCUAUUGCCACCCGAGGCAACAAGUCAUCUGUAACUUGGGUGCGCAUUUGCAAGGAUUGCUGAAAAGUUUAAAGCCAGAAAACUUGAAGGAUAUUGAACUUAUAGAAGAGAAGCUGAAAACUCACAAGAAAGGAAUUUUGACUUACAUAGAAAAUCUGAAAAUGGGAAAGUCGCACGGUAUGGUUUACAGUCAAGAUGCUUGUAAAGCGGGAAAGAAUGCACUCAGAAAUAGGUUCCUCCAGAUCUCAUUGAAAAACGAAACAGGUGUGUUAUAUGAGAAAUACGUUACUCAAGCUCUUCGCGAGAAUUAUUACGACAAGCUCACGGACGAAAUGAAAACCCAGUGGAGGGGUAACCAUCAGGGAAUGACGGUAAAUGACUCCGUCAGUCAAUACCUUGUGGAGUACAUCGGGAAGCCAAUGACUAAGCUAUUGAGGUAUCUUGAGUACGAACAUUACCGCUACUGCGUUCCAAGUAACGUGUCCAGCGGUUUGGCCUCUCUACCUUUAGCUUACGUUUGGUACGAUGGAAAGGAAAAUACAUCUUGGCGAACAAAACCAGAACUAUCGGACGGUGUCAAGCUGAACGGUUCCAAAGCCUACGCUAAGAUCUUACCAUAUUUCACGACCAAUGAUAUGACACCGAUGGAUGUGCACAGACUGGGAUGGGAGCAGUUAAAUAAGCUGUACCCCUUGGCUGUGGAAGCCGCUAAAAGAGCAACUGGGGAACAAAACGAAACUACAGCUAUAAAGAAAUUCAAGGAAAAGUUAAACUCUUCCGAAGAGUACUUCAAUGAUGAAACCUUUCCUGCAAACGAAUCUAAUGACGAUGCGCACGAAAAAUGCAGCAAUAUUGAGGGUGCAAAGAAAUAUUGUCCAACCAGAUGGGAAGCCCUUGAAAAAUGGUUUACCGAGGCCAGAUCGGUUAUGAGUAUGCUAUACCCCAAAAUUACCGACAUGUUUUACUUCGCUGGGGACAAACACUCGACACCCAACUGUCCCAUAGAACUGAGACCAGACCUGAAUCCUUCCAGCGGCAUACAGAGCUACGACGGAAGUGAUACAAUGUGCACCGAGCCUGCCCAUUACAACAUUCCUUUCUUCCUGGAUAGACUGGGGCCAAGGUUUUCUGAGUGGAGUGUUAAUGCUCACGAGGCUCGUCCAGGUCACCAUAUCCAGAUCCAAGGGAGUAGUGAGCACUUUAAGGACACCUGUGGAGGUCCAAUUGGUUGGUUAAGCUCGAAGACAUAUUACACGGCGUUUUUAGAAGGAUGGGCUCUUUAUUGCGAGAAUCCAUUAAUAUCAGACGAAACUGAUGUUUACGAUGGAAGACCAUUAAAAAAGUACGGCAUGCUGAAAUGGCAGAUAUGGCGAGCAGUGCGAAUGAUUGUAGACACAGGGCUCCAUUACACAGGAAUGAAAAGAGAUGAAGCUAUCAAGUUAUUCGUCGAUAAGGCCUGGGAUGACUCUGACUUCACCCGUAAAGAGGUAACUCGUUAUCAGAGCUGGCCAGGCCAGUCCACCGCGUAUAUGGUUGGCAGGAUAGCCCUUGUGAAAAACAGAAAUUAUACGGAAAAUGCUUUGGGUUAAAAAUUCAAUCUCAAAGACUUCCACUACCAGGUAUUGAGCCAAGGUUCUUCACCGCUCGCCUUUCUUCAAGAACACAUCGAAAAUUAUGCCGAAUGCGUAAACGAGCCCAAGAAGGAAGGCUGUUCCGAAAUCCUGAACCCGCCCAAAAGAGGAAAACCGAAGAGUAACGAUGAAAAGUCUGCCAAGAAUUUGCAGUCCUUCGAGGCCUACAGGCAUUAUGCUUGAAAAGAAAAAUAUUCUAAGGCGUACCACACUGCAAUAAAAAGACUGGACGGAAAAAAAACCAAACAAAAAAAAAUAUAUAUCGACCUAAUAACCAAGCAGUUGUUGCCAUAUUUUUUUUUAUUUCGCUUCCUCGAUGUACUACCCCAAUAAGUUUUGCUGCAUCAAUAAUCAUCGUUGUCACUGUUAUUUUUGAUUACUGUCGAUAUAUCUUCAUUCUUCACAGAAGCAUGAUGUGUCAGUCACUGAUUUAAUCUACGCCAAAAAAUACGAUCGUGUGGUUUGUAGGGACUCUCCGCUUAAAGAAGGAAACAAAUAAAACAAAUAACAACAACAAUAAUUUCUUAUGUCGAUCACUAAAAUGGUAUUAAAGCUCUUUAAUUUUUCUUCUCAUAAAAUUCCUCAAAGAGGAUUCAUAGUCUGU